AUGUGAAUCUUGCUUCCUUGGUUGUGCAUUGCAGAUAAAGGGCUAUCUUUUUCUAUUGCAGAGUUGCACAGAACACCCCAAAAUGGUUGCGACUUUGCAAAUUGUCAAGCGGCACUUCGCCCAGCCGAGCCAAGAGACCUUCGCCUGGCAAGUCCUCCAGGAGGGUGGUGGGAAUGCAGAUGGUUUGGGUGAUGGAAAGAGAAGCCUGGUGAAGGUGGAGGGUAUUCAGGAUGGAGGAAAGAGAUCAGAAGAGACACACGGGGCAGUUCCGCUGUUGAGUUUGGGGAAUAUGGCACCAGCCGUGGAAAUGCCAGUGGGAAGAAGCGAAUCCCAAAUCCAGCAGGCAGCAGAGAGAGAGAACAGGUGCGCUCGGCAUGCUGGGAAUUGUAUGUCUACCAUCAUCCAAAGUGCUACAAAGCCCACUUGGGAUAAAAUGCCGUUGUUCUCCUGUUACGGUAGAAAGUAUUGCUACAGAUUAGAACUUGGAAUGGAGCAUUCCGGCGAGGAAUACAAAAUAUGCCCUGUAUCAGAGGAAAACCUGCCCUAUAAUUCAUGUUUUAGUAAACCAGAAAAAAUCAUAACUGCAAACCGAAGCUGUGAAUUCUCCGAACGUGGCAAAGGCGGCAGUUUGAGCAUAUUUCCGGCUAACUGUGCAGAAUGGAGGCCUAAUGGCGGUCCUGAAAGUGGGAAGAAUGUUAGUUACAUGCAGCCACUAAAAAGAACUCAAGACCUUAGAACCGAAGAGAGAAUCAAUAAAUGUUCUCAGUGUGGGAAAUGCUUUACUCAGAAGGGAGAUUUGAAGAAUCAUCAGCGAAUUCAUACCGGCGAACAACCGUAUGAAUGCUCUUACUGCGGGAAAUGCUUCAAUCAGAAGGGAAAUUUAAAGACGCACCAGAGGAUUCAUACUGGAGAGAAACCCUACAAAUGUUUGCAGUGUGGGAAGUGCUUCAUCCAGGCGGUCCUUUUGAAGAACCAUCAAAGGACUCACACUGGAGAGAGACCAUACAAAUGUUCUCAGUGUGGGAAAGGUUUCAACCUGGGAGGAGACUUAAAAAAGCAUCAGAGAAUUCAUACGGGAGAGAGACCGUACAAAUGUUCCCUGUGUGGGAAAGACUUCAGUCAGAUGGGAAAUUUGAAGAAGCACCAGACCAUUCAUGCAGGGGAGAGAUGAUAAAAAUGUUCAUAAAAUGCAUGAAUGGGGUAAAGAAUACGAGAAUAAUUUUUAGGCAAAGCAUCUGUGCAGCCAGAGAAGUUUAAAAAUUUAUAAAUAAUACCAAGAACUUAAAGACUAAAUCAUUUAAACACUCAAAUCAUUUAAACACUCAUUUAAACACUUCUUUAAAUACUCAAAAAUGACUCAAAUCCAAGCUUCACUUAGAUGCUCUUAACCCUAAAGCAGUGUUUGUCAAUCUCAACAACUUUAAGAUGUCUGAACUUCAACUCCCAGAACUCCCCAGCCAGCAGGCAUGUGCAUGCUGGCUGGGGAAUUCUGGGAGCUGAAGUCCACAAGCCUUCAAGCCACCAAGGUUGAGAAACACUACCCUAAAGUUUGGCAAAAGCUGUAGGUAACCGAGAGUGUCAUACUUCCUUUAUCUUGACAUAUCAAAAGAAAUACCUUGUUUCGAAAAAGCCCUCAAGAUAUUCUUGUUUAUUUGUCAACCCAGAUGGUAUACUUGGUUAUGAAAUGUCCACAUUGCUUGUGUCAAUUUUAAUCCCAGGUUUUCUUGUUUUGUGGGUUUUCAUUUCAAGAUGGUUAAGUACUUUUUGUAUCCCAGGAUUAGAUCCCAGCAUCAAUGCAUCCUCAGAACCCUCUCUCUUUUCCAUGUUAUUCACCAAAUAUAAAUUAUUAGGGCUGUGUGUCACUUUAGAUUCAAUUCCCCAAAAAAGGUCUUCAGAAAUAAUUUGGAAAAGAUAUUUCAGAGCAUGAGGAAGGGCAAACAUAAUCCCUGUCUGCAGCUUUUUAAAGCGGCUGCAGCUUUUCCCUGGCACAGUGUUCUGCAGCUGCCGCAAGAUCCCACAAGAAGACACAGCUGCUUUAAAGAGCUGUAGUCUGAGGCUGAAUUUGAACUGCACUUUUCAAAGCCUGUUUUGAAAUUCAAAGCAUUAGACAGCUCUAAUGUUUAAGAUAGUUUAAGAAAAAGCUUUAUGCUAUAAAGCAUAGCAGCUUCUACUGUUUCCAUUUUUUCAAGAACGACUCUCGGCCUGUCUGCCUCCAUUAUGAUGGAUAGAAGUUUGGCAGUAUUCUCACAUGCCCAUUAAAAAGGGGAACACACAGAAGUCAUCCUAGGGUAUAAAACUGACAAUAGCUUCUGUAGAGCCAACUGCUAGAUGAAAUCACAGAGGCAGGGUGACAAAAUUCCUUACAAAUGGGACCUUAAUUAGAAAAAGAGUAUAAAGUAAAGAUUUCUUUGCAACAAAACAAGAGUGUUUUUCUUAUUUCUGGAAACUUUACUACUCUAAUUCUUAUUACUAUUUUCUGUACUCUGUAUCUAUCAACCGUACUAUGUUCUUCAGUUAAAUUCUUGUAUCUUUUUCCUACUGCUUUAACUUUUCUUUAAUAUAAGCUUGUUUGGGGGGUUUCUUAAUUAAUGGAAGCCCUCCUCAACGCACAGUGCCCCACAAAGACUUGUGUGGCCUCUGGUCAACUGAGUGGAGGGUGGUCGUCAUAGAAUCCCAGGGUUGGAAAAAGUCUUGAAAGC